GGUCGUUGCGGCCGCCUGGGGCGCUAAGGCUGGGCCUUUUCUGUCAGCACAGAUGUUGGCUUGUCGAGGGCAGAACCACCGGCCUCCUUCUUCCCUGGAGUCCAGGCGGCUCACACCAACUUCUUGAGCACUGGCCGGGCCACAGGAACAGCUCCAGCAGCAACGGACGGAGGACGCAAAGGGAAGAAUUAAAUAUUUCACCCAUCAUUUGGAAACUAAGUUAAUAACACAAUGAAGCCAGCAAAGCACUUGCCAGCCACUAGUAACAAGUUGCCAGAUAUUCCAGAAGUCACUUACAAAAAAGGCCAGCUUAAUUCACCAUCGUUACCUAAAGCAAAAGAAAAACCUGCUGCAAAACUAGUACAAACUAAAAUUGAACCGAUGAGUGUACAGUCUCCACCAACCACAGAAUCUAUUCUACGGUAUGCUUUGCCUAUUCCAUCAAAUAAGACAGGUGAAUUAGCAGGAGAAGAUGACGUGCAUAGGAUCAUCAGACAUCUGAAGAUGGUUGCUUCUACUUUGGAAAAAGCCUAUGGGUUUGACUUUGACAAUGAAGAACUAGUAGUGAAACCUGAACAGGAAGACUUAGGUGUCUCUGUUGGGGAUGAUAUGAAUUCGUUCUUGGUCUGUUGCUCCCAAUUUGCAGCUCAGCUAGAAGAAGCAGUUAAGGAAGAACACCAUAUUUUGGAAUCUUUGUUUAAGUGGUUUCAACGACAGGUCAACCAAAUGGAGGAGAUAAGUAAAGAUCAUAAUAUUUUAGAAGAAGAUCUUCCAGCACCUGAUAAAAAUAUCAUGAUAAACAUUGCACAUAUAGUGAAGUUAAUGCAAAAACUCCAAAAACUGAGAAAUAACCUCAGUGAUGAUGGGUCUAACUACUCCUGGAAAGCCAUAAUGCCCACGUCAGUGAGGGAUGAAGAAAGGCCAUCAACAAAAAUGGAUAGCUAUGAAUCUGUGGAGCAGCAAAUUAAAGAAUUCAUAAAAGCCCACUCAACUGAAGAACCUAUGGAUGUUUCUGCAACAGAAUCACUAGCAACUGAUUCCUCAAUGGCUCGCCAAGUGAAUGAAAUGUUGAAAAUAUUUGAAAAACAGGCAAAUGAGUUGGAGAGAGCUAAGAAUGAUCAAAAUUUGUUAGAGGCUAAAUGCAAACAGAUGGAAAGUGAUUUAGAAGUGUUGUUAGAGGAGAAAACAGCCAUGGAAAAUGAAUUACAAAGGUUGAAGGAUACAGAGAAAAGUAUGCAUAAAACUAAGCCAAUGCACGAUCAAGCAAAGAAAGCUGGUAAAACUGAGAAGAAAAAAGACAAAGAAAAACCUGAGGAUUCAGAAGAGAAGAUGACUAUAGCCCAGCAGCAUAAAAUGAAAGACAUCGUGCUUCAAGUCCAGAAAGUAGCAGAUGAUCUGAAAGUUGAGAACAAAGCCCUUCAGGAACAACUUAAACAGGCAUUACUGGAAGCUGCAAGAACUAAGAACCAGAUUAAGUACCCUCCAGAUCAAGAGGCAGAGUUCAUCAAAAGUGACGAGAAGAACAACAGAACAGUGACAAAGUUUGCUGAUAAAAUGAAAGCUGCCAGUAAAAUAAAUUCACUUGAACUAAAGAAAAAUGAUAAUGUUCAAGAGUAUCCACAGACCUCAGUUGCUCAAAGUCAAAGACCACUUGAAGAAAGCUCAGAGAAGAAAAGCUCUAGCCCUGCUAUUUCAGAUCUCUCACAGACCCUCAGAUAUCAAGAUAAAUCAGCUUUAAAGAGUUCAGAUGCCAUUUCACUUGAUAAAAGCCUCUCCCAGAUAUCUCCAUCAGACACCCAUGAUAAGCCACUGACAACAGUAUCAUUGAGCAGAGAAGGCCCAGAUUCACCCUCUGCGGAAAGGUUGCAUGAGAGGAAAGCAACUGCAUCCUGGAUCUCACUUCCUGUGCUUCCUGAGGACUCAAAGGCUGAUGUAUCAAAAGAGAAAAUACAAAGGAAGACUGAAAAUGAAACUUACCCAACAGCAGGAAAGUUUCAAGGUAAAGAGAUUUUCUGUCGUGUAACAUAA